CUUAGGAUGACUGUAUGAUAACUACGAUAACCUGGAGUGCGGGCAGAUGUCUGCUGUGAACCAUGGGCAAACGAGGUGAAAGCACAGAUGCAGAACAGCACGUAGGGGCUAAUAGUAAUGGCGAAGACCUCUUAAAUUUACCGCGCUUCGCUCCUUUUUUGUCUGACAAUUUCAAUGUCGCUGAGUUUACAUCCAAGGUUCUCGGGGGCUCACAUACAACAGCUUCAGCGCAGUCGGAACAGCUGCGUGAUGGCGUGCACCAGCUGGAAUUCACGUUAUCGGACGAGGUUGUCGCGCGCAACAAGGAGCUUCUUAACCACGUCCGGCGCAUGCUGGACGCGGAGAACUCUGUCCGCGAUUUGGUCUUGUCAGUAGAAUCCCUUCAAAGCGCGGUUCGGCGCAUCCGCGCUGAAGUAGUCGGGCCCUACGAGCAGAUCAAGCACAAAACGCAGCAGCUCCGCAACAUUCAUGCGACGGUCGACAUCCUGCGCCAUGUUAUCCACCGCCUAAAGCUGGCGCAGAAGCUUCGCGCACAGCUCGCGGUGCCGGCAGCGCAGGUGGACUUGGCGAAAGCGGCCAAACUCAUCACAGACAUCCGAGCUGUGGACGCAGAGGUGGAUUUGUCGGGGAUUGAUGCGGUCGCUGCAGACGCGGAGUUCCUUGAGUCUGCACGCAAGUCGGUGCAGGAGCAGGCAGAGGCUGCCCUGACCGAGGGAGUCGAGUCCCUGAGCCAGGCCCGGGUGGGGUCCGCGCUGCAAGUCAUAUUUAACCUCAACGAGCUCCAUCAGGCCGUGUCGGCGCUGCUGUCUCGGCACCUGCAUGACAUCGAAAGGGCGUUACGGAACGCGCUGGACUCGCGCCACCUGGCAGCACAAGCGGCGGGUGGAGGUGGCGGCGGACUGGCGGUUGCCACCGGCAGCUCUCUGGGCGUAGCGGCCGGCGGUGCGGGGACAGCGGGACGCGGGCAGGCGGCCCCGGGGGCACAGGACAGGAUGUGGCAGGCCAUUCGUGACGUGCUGGAGCUGAUCAGCAGUUCCACGGUGGCGGUAUGGCACCUGCAGAGGGUGGUGGCCAAGAAGAAGGACCCACUCACGCACGUGUGUUUCCUGGAUGUGCUGGUGGGGCCGGGGGAGGCCCUGCUGGUGACCAGAUUCUGGUCGGAUGUGGUUCGCGCCACCACGGACGCCUUCGCCUCCGUGGCCAAGCCCGGGAAAGGGGGCUUCGUCCGGGAUACCCUGACUGCUUCCUACCCCCGACUGGCGGGUCUAUUGGAGGCCAUGUUUGAGCGCCUCACUGCGGAGACCACCAUCAAGGGUGUGCUGCCUGCAGUGGGCCCAGCCCAUCUGCAGCAGUUGUUGGCGGCGACGGGUCCCUUCCAGACGACGUUCAUGGCGGGCUGUCUGUCCAGGCUGACGGACGCGGUGGCGGCGGCCUUCCCCGGCAGCAGCCGCCAACUGCCCUCCGCGACGGAGGUGCAGAAGUGUAUCGGGCUGAUUCACGAGGAGCUCAAAGUGGGCUCUUCCAGCCCCCAGCUAGCAGCCAUGAUGGCUGCUACAGCGGCCAAGGCCCUCAACCUACUUGCGGAACGGGCCGAGUACUCGGCGGCCUCGGGGCCGGAGCUGCGUCAGCUGACGGCAGGUGACGGCGGCAGCACCGGCCCCAACGCCGCGCAGCUGCGCAACAUUGCGCUAUGCUCGCAGCUGCAAGAGACGCACCGAUCGCUGUCGGCGCUGCUGACGCGGCUGCCGCCGACAGCAGCACCGGCGCUCGGCGGCGCGUUGGCUGCCGUGCAGGCGACUGCGGUGGACGCCGUUGCGCCCAUCUUCCGCACGGUGGUCGAGGCAUGCGAGGAGCGGCUGCUGCGGAUGCAUGAAUGGCCGGGUUACCGCGCCGGCGUCGCAGGCGACGGCGACGCGGCUGCUGACGCCGCCGGGCCGGAAGUAACGUCGACGUCGCCCCAUGUGGCGGAGGUGGCGGCGCUGCUGGCGGACUUUCGUAGCGAGUUCCUGUCGCGCUUUCUGCCGCCGCCUACGCCCAGCGUGCCGUCAUGCGUGGGAUCGCUGGUGGAGCGAAUGGCGUGCCGCCUGUUGGUGUUCUUCGUGCGCCACGCCUCAUUAUUGCGGCCCCUCACGCAGGCGGGGAAGCUCCUGGUGGCCAAGGACUUGGCCGAGCUGCAGGCCGCUGUGGGGCAGCAGCUGCACCCCCUGGAGCAGCUGGGAGGGCCCUUCCGGGCUGUCAAAGCCUUUCGUGCGCUGCUCUUUGCUGCGGCGGCUGACAUUGGGUCCAACCCGCUGCUGGGGGAGUUGCCGCCCGCCAUCACGCUGCAGCACCUGUUUUCAAGGUUGCCUGCUUCCAUCAAGGCGCCGCAUGAGCGCUCCGGUCUCACACCUCUGCAGUACUCCCUCUGGCUGGACAGCCACAGCGCCGAGGAAUGCCUCCGGGGUAUCGCGGCAGCACUGGCGGCGGCGCCGGGCGGCGGCUCAGAGGCAGGCGGCAGCGGCGAGGGGAUGGAGGCGCUGACGGUGAUGCGUCGGAUGUGCGCGGCUGCGGGGGCGUUGGUAGGGGCUUGA